CUCCUGGGCCGGAAGCCGUCUCAACGCCGGGCUGGGGAGCGCCGCGCGCCGCCACAGCUACUUCCGCCCUCCCCGCAACCCGGGCUCUCCGCUCGCCAGCACCCGCGCUUCCGGUAGGCGCGCGCCCACCUCUGCCCCCCGCUUCCGGCCCAGGCGCCCGCCCACCACGCUCCCGCCGCCGGGAAGCUGACCCAGGCCGGCGGCUGCCGCCGCUCCUCCUCUUUUUCAAGAGAAGCCGUCGAUGACGCCGUUCCGCUCCGCUCGGCGCCCCGGAAGAGCUGAGUCGCGCUCCUCCUCUUGAUCCGGAAGCGCCUCGCCGCUCCUCUUUCCGAGACGGCCCUGGAAGGAGGAGCGAUGCAAGAGGAGGGAGAGUGAGAGGGGAGGGUACAUUGACAUCUGUCUGAUACUAGACUGGUGAAUAGGAAGAAGGUCCCAUCUCUGGCCUGUUUGUGGAAGCUGGGAUGAUGAAGGCACUGCAGUGGGAACGUGCUGUGGUACAGGGUUGAAGCUCCAGCCCAUGUGGGAUAGUUAUAGAGCAAUUGGAAGGGUUGCGUGCAGAGUUCUGGUAAAGAUGGAAGAAUCUCAUUUCAACUCCUCUCCGUACUUCUGGCCAGCAGUGCCCACGGUUUCGGGACAGAUUGACAACACCAUGUUUAUUAACAAGAUGAAGGAGCAGCUAUUGCCCACAGAGAAGGGCUGCAGCCUUGCUCCCCCCCACUACCCUGCCUUGCUGACAGUGCCCACCUCAGUGGCCCUUCCCACUGGCAUUGCAAUGGACUCUGACACCAAGCCGGAGCAGCUGACACCACACAGCCAAGCCCCUGUGACUCAGAACAUCACCGUGGUGCCAGUGCAGUCUGCUGGGCUCAUGACAGCAGGUCCUGGUCUCGUGAUAACUUCUCCAUCAGGCUCCCUGGUGACUACAGCCUCCUCUGCACAAACCUUCCCCAUCUCAGCUCCCAUGAUCGUCUCUGCACUACCCCCUGGCUCCCAGGCAGCCCUCCAGGUGGUGCCUGAUCUGACCAAGAAGGGGACAACCACCCUCUCCGAAGGUGGGGGGGGGGGCGGGGGUGGGGGAGUUGCCCCCAAACCGCCUCGGGGCCGGAAGAAGAAACGAUUGCAGGAAUCGGGGCUGCCAGAGAUGAGCGACCCCUUUGUGCUGUCAAACGAGGAUGAUGAGGACCAGCACAAGGAUGGCAAGACAUACAGUAGUUCCGUGAGCAGCGGAACUAAUGAAGCCUGGUUUCCAGCGGCUCUCUCCUGUGUGGAUUCUCUGAUGUCUAAUCAAGGGUGCCGGAUGUGUUCGCUGACCUUCUACUCCAAGUCGGAGAUGCAGAUCCACUCCAAGUCCCAUACGGAGACAAAGCCACACAAGUGUCCUCACUGCUCCAAGAGCUUCGCCAACAGCUCCUACCUGGCCCAGCACAUUCGCAUCCACUCAGGGGCCAAGCCCUACACAUGCAGCUACUGCCAGAAGGCCUUCCGCCAGCUCUCCCACCUGCAGCAGCACACACGGAUCCACUCCAAGCUCCACACGGCGAUUGUCAAGCCGCACAAGUGUCCUCACUGCUCCAAGAGCUUCGCCAACACAUCCUACCUGGCCCAGCACCUCCGCAUCCACUCGGGGGCCAAGCCCUACACCUGCCGCUACUGCCAGAAGGCCUUCCGCCAGCUCUCCCACCUGCAGCAGCACACACGUAUCCACACUGGGGACCGACCCUACAAAUGCGCUCACCCUGGUUGUGAAAAGGCUUUCACGCAGCUUUCCAACCUGCAGUCCCACAGACGGCAGCACAACAAAGACAAACCUUUCAAGUGCCACAACUGCCACCGUGCAUACACAGAUGCUGCCUCGCUGGAGGUACACCUGGCUACACACACGGUGAAACAUGCCAAGGUCUAUACCUGCUCCAUCUGCAGCCGGGCCUACACCUCGGAGACGUACCUGAUGAAGCACAUGCGGAAACACAACAUCCCUGAUCCACAGCAGCAGGUGGUUCAGGCCCAAGCCCAGGCCUCUCAGCAGCAGCAGCACUUCCAGCCACAGGGAGGUGGGGCAGCAGGGGGCCCUUCUGGAGACACUAACCAACCCAAUCCUCCCCCUCAGUGCUCCUUUGACCUGACUCCUUACAAGACUUCAGAGCAUCAUAAGGACAUCUGCCUCACUGUCAGCACCAGCGCCAUCCAAGUGGAGCACCUCUCCAGCUCCUAGAGAGACCUCAAGCCAGGGAGCAGAAAGCCUCUUGUGCAUAGCCUGCGCCCAGGGGCACCGCUCGUGUGGUGGCCCUCCUCGUGCAACAGUCUCCGGCCUCUCCUCCUGCAACAGCCUCUUCUGGCCGUGUAACCCUGUUCAUGGCAGCCCCUUGAAUAACAGCCUUUAUCAAGGGGGUGCUCCUUCUGUGCAACAACCUGCCUGGUAGGAGGAUGCUUCCUUGUGCAAGAGCUCCUUUCCUGUGCUGGGAUCACUUCCUCAUGCAAGAGCCCCUCCUUUAAAACCCAAAGAAAGGCCUCUGUUUUGCCUUCUCUCACUGUAGGAUGCGUAUGAAGGGGUGGGGAGGUGUUGAGACAUGCGUGGUGAAUGGAAUGGAGUCCUAGUAUGUACAGGGGCUUGGACAUGCUUUCAGUGGGCCACAGAAGAAUGUGGCAGGGUUCACAACUGGAUGGUUUAUUUUAUUUUUUUUUUUGAGGAUUUCCUUGAGUGUCUAAGAGGGAAAUAUCCAUUCCUGUUCCUCCUGCUUGUGAAAGGGAGGAGGGGUCGAUUGUUCUGCCCCCAGGACUGGAUGGGAGAAACCUCCCCAGUGGAAAGUGAGACCAGUGUGGGGGAGAGGUGAGGCAUGUUCUCUGGGCUGGACAGGUGCCUGCACUGCCUGGGGGCUAUGGAGUAUUGCACUCUUUCUUCUCCCCUAGUGGAGAGCAAUAGAGAGGAGUCUGUUGGAACUGGCUGCUGCCUCUCCCAGCUAUCUGAGCAGCGUAAUGGCCAAGGCCCCAUAGGAAUGUGGGUUCCUGCUCGUUGCUCUUCCUGCCCGUUGUGGAUGAUGUCCUAGCAGCUUGUACUUCUCUCCCUCCUGCUUCCCCCACCUCCUCAGAAAAGCCUGCAGGCAUCAACAACAAACCAAAAAGCAAUGGAGGGGAGGGUGAGAGACUGCCAAAAUAAUCAUCGCCCUUCUCUCUACUCCCUUUCUCGCAAGGUGGAACAACAGCAGUUCUGACUCACACCCCCCCCGUCCUGCCCCGUUUCCUAAAGGGAAGGAGGAGGAGGAGUAGACCAGUCUUUCAAGGAGCCGGCGGGUGAUAGGGAAAGGCUAGCUUCUCUGCUCAGCUCCCACCAGAGUGCUCUCUCAGGCUCCUCUUGCCAAGACGGGCUGGACUCACAUGGCAGUGGUGGCCUCUUCUGGACCCUGAUCAUGGGAGAGAAUCCCCAAAAGGUGGACAGUGGAGAGAAAGGGAUGAAGAUCCCCACACAGAGACCAAUCUAAAGAGAACGGGGAGCCAACAAGAAUAAACUGAAGGCCCCGUGAAUUUAUAUAUAUAUACAUAUAUAUAUAUAUAAAUAUCUAUUCCCCACCCCUGGCCCGCUCUGUCCUUGCUGUAACUGUUUCUAUCUCUGUGUUUAUAAAACGCAUUAUCCUGGCAAAUUUUUAUUUUCAAUCUUCGUUUGUUUUUCCCUCUCUCUUUGUCUUCUCUUCUCCUUCCCUUUUGGUUUGUUUAUUUGUUUGUUUUAAUUUUUUUAUUUUAUUUUAUUUUAUUUUGGUCCACAUGACUAUGGUCUUGUGUAUCACUUCUUAGUUUCUUUGGAUCAUGGAGGCUGACUCAAAUGAAAAGGCAAGGGAAAAAAGCAUGUGUUGGGAUUUUAAAAUACCCACUCAAAGCCUAUAGUUUCAGAUUUCUGUACAAACAAACAAAAGGAGCUUUUUUUUUUUUUUUUUAAUCACCUUGUGUAGAAAUAAACUGGUGUAAAAGGCUC